AUGGAAGGAGACGACGUGACGCUUCGAGAGCAGCUUUUUCACGACCGUGUGCGGGAGACAAUCAUCAGUGUCUUGCUCUUCGCCUGUCUCUACAUGGUGUCUUAUCUCGUCAUCAAACACUACAGGAAGAAUGCAGAGUUUGCUGCAGAUGAGGAUGAGGAUGCCACUGUCAACAAAAUUGCGCUUUGGCUCUGUACAUUCUCUCUUUCUAUAUCUGUUGGUGCAGUUCUCUUGCUCCCUCUCUCCAUUUUGUCCAAUGAGGUUCUGCUCUCCUUCCCUCACAGUUACUACAUGCAGUGGCUGAAUGGAUCCCUAAUACAUGGCCUAUGGAAUCUUGUCUUCCUCUUUUCCAACCUCUCCCUCGUUUUCCUGCUGCCCUUUGCAUAUUUCUUCACAGAGUCAGAGGGCUUUGCAGGCUCCAAAAAGGGGGUGAUGUCGCGUGUGUAUGAGAGCGUGGUGGUCCUGCUCCUGUUGACAGUGUUAGUUGUGGGGAUGGUGUGGGUGGCCUCAGCACUCCUGAACAACAGCACAGCCAGAGAGAGUCUGUACGAUCUGUGGGAGUAUUAUUUACCAUAUCUUUAUUCAUGUAUCUCAUUGACUGGAGUUUUGCUGCUGUUGUUGUGUACACCAUUUGGUUUGUCGCGGAUGUUUAGUGUGACAGGAAAGCUCCUGGUUAAACCUAGGCUGCUGGAGGACGUGGAAGACACCAUGAGUUGUGCUAUGUUUGAAGAAGCUGCUCUCUCCCAAAAGAUCCGACGUGAGUCCUGGUCCUGGGACACUUUGUGCUGGAUGAAUCAGAGUGGAGAGGCUCUGAGGAGACGAUAUUUUGCCAUAAAAGCUCGGCGAAUAGCUCUGGAGAUGCGCAGGCGAGCAUCACCCUGGCAGCGUAACCUUGGUUACCCUUUAGCCAUGCUGCUCCUGCUGGCACUCACAGUGGUGUGUGUGUUUAUUGUGUGUUUCCAUGUGCUGGAGCUGCUGUUUGAUGAGACGGCCAUGCCCCGGGGGAUGGAGGACCCUCUGCUGGGUGCGGCCUCAUUCUCUGCGUUUGGUUCUCUGGGUGCAGCGGUGCAGGUCAUCCUCAUCCUAUAUCUGAUGGUAUCAUCAGUUGUGGGCUUUUAUAGCUCUCCAUUAUCCUCCGGUCUGCUGCCUCGAACCCAGGACACCACUCUCACACAGAUCAUUGGCAACUGUGUGUGUCUCCUGGUGUUGAGUUCAGCUCUGCCCGUGUUCAGUAGGACUCUAGGCAUCACUCGAUUUGAUCUUUUGGGUGACUUUGGUCGCUAUAACUGGCUGGGAAAUUUUCACAUUGUGUUUAUGUACAAUGUCCUUUUUGCCGGGCUGACCUCUGCCUGUCUCAUCAACACACUGACCUGGGCGGUGCAGCGAGAGCUCAUCAAGGCAUUCGGUCUGCAUAAACUUCCCCUGACAGUGUCACGCUCUGCAAUCCCACUCAAACUCCUGUUAGCUAAUGGACUCUCAAAGAUACAGUGA